UUUAUUUCGGCUGAUGACUGCAUCAUCUCAAUAGGUUGUAACAGCGCACUAACUUCACAGCAUCGACGGUGUUUGCACUGGUACAGGGUUGUUUUCUACAUCCAUGUCCUCAACAGGACCAUAGUAUAGGAUUGUUUCUCAAUGUUCUGCAUGGUGAUAAAACUAAAAGGACCUAGUGCAUUCUUUAGCCUAUUAUCUCUCUGGCGCAUCGAUUGGAGGAGAGUUGCGUAGGAUGCCAGACGUUGCAAUUAAAGGUUGCUGUUAUUGCAGUUUGACAGACAAGGAUAUCCAAGAAACACAGAGGACGUAGUGUGCUUUUGACUUGACAAAGAACGGAACAGUAUGGAUGAAGGCACAGCUGCCAACGAGUCUAUUCCAGAUUUAAAAGAUUUGGAGGUGAAAAUCGGAUGGAAGACACCGGAGGGUUUGCUCAAGUGGAUGCGGGAAGAGGCAUCCGCGCACCGCGGAGAUGUCAAAUUGAGCUCACUGGAGACCAAAGACCGAGACAUCACCGGCAGGAAGAAUCUGGAUGAGAAGAUUCGAAAAUUAAAAGUUGAUAUGGCCCACCUGCGCUCGGUGGACGUGAAGAUCCUGCAGCAGCUGCUGGCGGUGCACGAGGGGAUCGAGGCAUGUAAGUGGCUCCUGGAGGAGCGUGGCACCCUGACCAGCCGCUGCAGCAGUCUGACCAGCAGCCAGUACAGCCUGGGAGAGGGCCCUGGAGGAGACACCUGGAGGGGCAGCUGGAGCAGCCUGCAGGACCCCCUCAACGACAAGCUGGAUAACAUCUCUAUAGGCAGUUAUCUGGACACCCUGGCUGAUGACAUGGACGAGUACUGCCCCUCUAGUUCUGAGUCUGUGCUGUGUUCUACUCCACUAGGGACUGCAACGCCUACUCGGACCGGGGGAGGGACAGGGGCUGGGGCAGUGCCUCCCCAAGUCAAGCCAGACAUCCCCAAGGAGUCUCCCAUUUGGACUAAGGCCACAGAGGCAGUGAAAGGAACCACCAUCACCAAGGAUACCAAGGACCCCAGCCAAACCCAGCAGCCCAGUAAGAGCAAUGGCGUCCUGGAGAAAGCAGUCAGGCAAGCAGGAGGACCUGCUGAUUCUGCCUGGGUCUGCCUGGCUGAAAAGCUGGGGAAAAGCCACAGCCCCAAACUCAAACCCUAUAAGAACGGCAAGAUAGACCUGGAUGCCUGCAAGAUGAACAGCAAGAUGCACCUGGGGUAUGAUGCACACUGGCGAUGGGUGCAGUCGCAGGACGAUGUUACAUUUCUGUGAGGUGGAUGUAUUACACCACUACUGGGUUAAAAUCAACCCAAUUUGGGUUAUUUGGUAACUAAGCAUUGGGUAAAUGUUGGACAGAACACACACUGGGUUAUUUUGACCCAGCCAGUUAGGUUUUGUGAAUAACCUAACAUGUUGGGUUGUUGGGAUUACCCAAACAUGGUUUAAUUUAACCGUCAAUUGGGUUAUAUUCAUUUUCAUGCUGGGUUGAGCAGCUCAGUCUUUUAAAAAAUGUAAUCCAUAGGUUAUUUUCAGGAGGCGUGGCUUAUUAGCUGAGUGGCCUUCAGAUAGUUAUUUUUCGCCACCAGUGAAAAUAAAUGUAAUUCUUGUUCAUAAUCUUAAGUACACUGCUAAUUUCAAUUUUCAUUAAAAAUAAUACACAUUACAUAUUCUAAUGUAUUAUUAAUAACAUAUAUUUUUUUUACAUAUUGUUACAAAGUGGUAAGUAUACCAACAUUGGGUUUUGCAUAGGCUUUUAAGGAACUCUUAGACUUUUGUAAGCUGAAUUAAAUCUACUAAAGUGUCAGUGUACAACCUUAACAUGUGAUAUCAAUACAAUAGAACAGAUCAACCGGAAUUAUGUUUACUCUCACGGGUGGCCAAAAAUAACUAUAUGAAACCACGGCCCUACCUAGCCGCGCUUCCAGUCUUCUGACCUGAGUGCUGGGUCUCAAUAACCCAGCAUCAAUAACCCAGCAACAACAACCCAACCUUGCUCUUUUUAAAGAAAACAACCCAAGUGACUCCAAUGCCUGCAACCUAGCAGUUGGGUCAUCCAAACAACUCAACACACUUUCCCCCUCCCAUGUGACGACCAUACCGGUCAAAGAUUAAGAGAGAGGGGGCAUUGGACUAGCGUUAUGGUUGAUGCACAUAUUAUACAAACUUCUACCGUUUCCAUUGUGCAAGAAAUCAGGUGUGGAUGAGUAGGAGAACACAACAUUAUUCCAUUACGUUCUAUUUACUCUAAAUGAACAUUGAUGUCAGUAUUAUAUUGGGGAUAAAGCACAGUGUUGAUAUUUUUCUGAAUCAAGUUUGUUUUUGACUUGUUUAUCAUCUCUUCCUUUAUGCAUUGGAAUAUACAGUACCAGUACCAACAGAAAAAAUAUAUAUUUGGUACAAUCACUCACAUCUAUAGAACCUAGUUUGCCCUCACAACCCCAUGUCAAAAUUAUUGUAACACACCCUAUAGAUACCGGAAUCAUUCUCAUACAUACUGUAGGUGUGUGUACCAUCAUAGUAUGCAAAGAGCAUAUAUAGAAUGUUCCUACUGUUUGCGCACCUGUGAUAUUGUGGAUGUCCUAGUACCUACAGUACUUAACCAGUCAAUGCAAUUUGUAUAAUCAGUGAAUCGCAAUACAAUUAAUCUGUGCAUCAGGUACUUCUAUGGGUGGUUGUCGUAGAAACAUGUCUCAAUAUGGCUGAGUGUUAUUAUUGUUCUUUUUUUAACUGUACAGUAUUUCUGUUUCAUUUGGACAGCAGUUGUUGUGAUUAGUGUCAUCCUAAACUAUUAUGCCUGUAUCUCCAGUCCCAAGAUGACUGCACAGUUGUUCUGAUAAUCCUGAUCGUUUAAAUGACUGAUUCAGUACUCUGCUGUCCGUGUCUUAAUGAGUCCAACUGUCUCUGUUCUUUCACUCUGUUGAGUGGUGUGAACUUCUUACAGUGAUUUGUGUGGGUGAAAAUUGCUAAUCGUGUGCUGACUGCUUUAUUGGUGAAAAUUAUCAUGAAAAAUGUGUGAAAAAAUAUAUACAAUCAUGGGAGAAGAAAAGCAAUAUUACCACUGAGCCUUUUUAUUCGGUUAUAAACAACCCACUCUCACACAGAAAGCUAAUAAUGUCUGUACACUCCAACGUAGGGGUUGCCAGGAUGACAGAGAGGGUGAGAGCACGUGUGUAUGUACAUGUGAGAGCACGUGUGUAUGUACAUGUGAGUGCACGUGUGUAUGUACAUGUGAGAGCACGUGUGUAUGUACAUGUGAGUGCACGUGUGUUUGCGACUGGCUUGCUGUGCACAGGUGCUUUGUCAGAGUCCCAAGGGGCUAUUCUUCACUAUAACCCCCACCAUAAGUCAUAUUAUCACUGGGAGAACAAUGCACUGCAUGACAUCAUAUAAGGCAUAUGUAUUGCGAAUGUUAUCAAAUGUGAUAUGCAUAGCAUUCAUUACAUUAUCCAGAGCGACUUACAGGAGCAAUUAGGGUUAAGUGCCUUGCUUAAGGGCACAUCAACAUAUUUUUCACAAAGUCGGCUCGGGAUUCAAACUUCUCUUAACCGCUAGGCUAUCUGCCGCCCCAGUCAACCACGUUAGUGUAACAAAUCAAAUGAUGAUGGAUUGUUUUCAAUUGAAUCAUUUUAGGAUUUCCCUUAGUGAUGUUUUGGAUUCUGUAUACUCAUGCCUUACGACCUUGUUACAAGCUGACAGUCUUGGUUCUAUUGUUUUAGGGUGUCUGUCUCUGUGUGAUGUCUUUGCCCACGUGUCUUCAGUUCUGUACCACUCAGCACUCCUACCAGAGCAGCAUUUUUAAUAUGUUUCAGAUGAGUUCUCACUUCCAGACCUCAGCUACAUUACGACCCUCCACCCACCCCUCCCUGUCUCCGCACACCCACUCC